CAGUUCGAGCAGAGGAGAGAGAGCGUCAGAGUUUGCUAGGUCUACAGGAGAGAGAGCAGAGGAGGACGCCGAGCAAGUAUUGAAUGUCUGACGCCAUUUCUCGCCACGUGUCGACUUCUGAGUGGUCUUACUCUUCGCCUUUCUCGCCAAGUUCUAUAAAGCAGGAGACCUUGCUCCUCCUCCGAUUUUCAAGGCCUUCUUGUUUCCCAAUGACUGUCCAUUCUCUAGUCCAGAAAGGAAAUCCGCAGGCAGUUUCGUUGUUUCCUUUUGAGUGCUUUAGCUAUCCACUCGACCAGAAGGCUCGGGAAGAAUGCGAGUCUCAUCUUUCAAUGUAUGAAGAAUGCAAGGGCGGGAAAUUUCUGCUCAAGGAGCGGAGGUGCCGCAAACUAAAAGAAGUUUGGAACAAUUGCUACAGUUCGAAAUUGAAACAACUAAUGGAGGAAACCAAGAAGGGAAAGGCCCAGCCAAACGUUGAGUGACGCACAGAUUUUACCUCUUGUGUAUGUGGGAAUCAAGAAAUUGUAUGCUCAUGCCAUCUUGAGAUAGACUUUUGGGUUUCCUUGGAAGAUUUUCAUGGGCAUAUGUUGUCUGAACUUUGGUGAUGCAUGUAUAUCAUCCGGUUGCAGCAAACCGGACCUAUGGAACUCAGAAUGUGUAUUAACUAGAUCUAGCCUAAAAAAUUAAUCAGGUGCAUCCUGAAAAUAAAAGGGCUUAUGUUUUCUUUGUC